GAACCUAGAAUCUUUCACUGAAUCUGUUGUCGUAGAUAUCUAGCAGGAGAAUGAGGAGUCUACAUAGGCAAAUGCGAUGCGGCUCGGGCGACGGCUGAACUGUGAUAGACCGUGGUCCAGAUCUUUUACGGUAACUGCCGUUCUUGCACCUUCGCCAAUGACCUCAACUUCCAAUUCUUCCGCUCCUUCCUUGAUUGGCUCAGUUUUCGAGCGCAAACCUUCAAUUCCAAAACCACCUUCAUCAUCGUCACAAUCAAGAUUCACCAGCACUUUGAACUCCAAGACCGGCUUUCCUCCUGUACAGCAUCGAUCCCAGAAGAGCAGCGCUUUUCUGAAGAACAUAGAAAAUCGCAGAAGAAAGCCAGAGCUUUCAUCUGAGAGAUCGACUCAGGUGCCGUCGAUUGUGCCACAAUCAGCGACUCCUGGCCCUGGACCAAGCACGAUACAAAGUCAAAAUCAGAAACAGAAUGGCGUAAGCUCUACAGACGAUUGGCGGUCGCACGUAAGUGCAGAAAAUGAAGCCACAGUACACGCGAUGACUGAAGAGGAAAGGGCAGCCGAAACACGAGAAAUACUGGAAAAAUUUGGACCCAGCGUGAGUGAGAUCUUACGGAGAGCAAGAGAGAAUAGGGAGAGGAAUAAAGAUGUGAAAUUUACUAGUCUGGAAGAAGUCCCAUUUACUUCAGAACGUGAACCGUUAGCUUCGCCCAUCGGGCUUCCCGGCUCUCAACUAGUAUCCUCCCUAUCUCGUUCGUCAUCCAGAGCCAGCACACGACCAAGCAGCCCAAACAGCCCGAGCAGAGCUUCACGUAAACUUAGAUUUGCAGAACUUGGACCAGAUCAAGUCCAUGUCUAUCCCUCUGCACCAUCAUCACCCAAGAAAGCGCUUCUAGCCUUACCUCCGCCUGACGAGGAUAGCAAUGCGGUAUCGUUGGGAACUUUCAAAGGCAGGAUGAAGCCAAUCGACCUCGAAGAUGCCACUGCUAGCCAGACCCAAGUCGAACAAGUCAAAGAGGAAGCCGCUGAGACCCAUGUUGAAGAGGGGACUGCCGAGAUCCAAGUCGAGCAAGUCGAAGAGGGAACCACUGAGAUUCAAGUCGAACAGAUCGAAAAGGGAACCGCUGAGACCCAAGUUGAACAAGUCGAAGAGGGAACUGCUGAGUACAUACGUCAAAAGUACUUCCCAUCCGCACCGGCGGACAAUCCUGACCUUGCUUGGAUGUCUUCUUCCCUUGACCCACCCUCUCUCGAGCAAACCCCAGACUUGCGCUUCGAUCUAAACGGAACACCUAUUCCCUCGUCCAAGAUCCUGUCUCUACCUACACAUCUAGGUUUACAUCAUCACGCAGAAGGCACACGAGCAGGAUACACCUUGGACGAUAUCUUUCUUCUUACAAGAUCAACUGUGCGUGCUCAGAGAGCUGCAAUGUUGGAGGUGCUUGUCGGAGUUACUAGAUGGCUUAGGACUAGUGGUACGAAAGAUGAUGUAGACGUAGAGGCUGCCAGAAAGUCGUUGCUGAACUUACCCAGCCCGGAAGGUUCGGGGAUUCCUCCGUUGCUCAAACGGAUUUUGUUUUCCGGGCUCGAGGCUCUACCGGAACGAGGGGCAGUCGGUGUAAGAGCCAUGGAUGUUGUCUGGGAGUGUGUUGUGGGUCAGACGAACGUUACAGAGGACCUCGGUGAUCUUGAAUUCGAAUCUGGAGGGAUGGAAGAGGGAAAGACGGACGAAGGAGUUCUCAUAACUGCUCUCCCCCUCGCAGACGUAUUGCCACAGUUCCUUAGUUUGCUUUUCAGUCCUCCGGAUAGCGAUCUUGGCGAUGAACGUCUAUCGACAUCGACCUUUAACCAACCUGAAUUUCAGUCGCUUAGGACAACUCCGGCACAACAACAAAUCUUGUCCAUUCUCACUCGCCUUGCGAGGUACUCCAACGCAUACGCAGAGACUAUCGUCCAAGAAAAGGGCUUAAUUGAAGGUCUACUGAGGGUGUUCAUUAUUCCUCCCGCUACAUCGACAUAUGCUUCAAUACCCGACCUAGCCACCGUCCGCCUUCUUACCAUUCUGGCUAGUGCGUCAAGAACGAACGCAGAGGCCCUCUGCCAAAAGAUCGGUGCUGGCGAUGUAUUACUCCGCUUUGUCGUUCUAUCUACGAACGACGACGUCCUUGUAGAAAUCAUGAUUUUCUACACCAUUCUGGCACGAUACGGGAUGUAUUCUCGUGUCGCGGCAGAUGCAAAGGAGGUCUGGUGGAAGAUUGGUGAUCAUGUCGUAGCGCUAAGCUCGUCGUAUUCACAAUCGAAUAUGCGCCUCGUCCGUGCUUACGUAGGUCUGAUUGAAGCGUGGCUAAUAUGUGCCACUGAUCCUCAUCGUACGACACCUAGCCAUGAGUUGCUGUGGAGCCAGGUGAAAAGCUGGGAGUGGGGAGCGGGAUUAGCGACUCUACUAACAAAAGUUUCUAGUCUUGCCGUGGAGAGGACGGGUACAGUGGAUAACAGAAUUAGAAUAGCUGUUUCCUCUGCUUCCCUCUGGCGCUCGUUAGGCGCUUACCUGGAAGGUGCAAAGGUUAACGGAAUCCGAGGUGGAGAAGGAGAAAGGACUGAAGUAGGCCUCGUAUUGAAACGAGUGUUUGACUCUGGCGCAGUUCAGACAUUCAGAAACCUCAUUGAAGAUCUCAAAACAAAACUAGAUACGGUGGGAACGGAAAUGAAAACCACGGUCGCUUCUAUAGAAAUAGCUUCGUUGGCUUCCAUAUUAUCUUCAGCGAUUCGACUAUGGCUGGGAUGUUGUCCACCAAGCCCCUCUGAUGGUUCACCGCCGUUCGAACUACCUUUUGCCGACAUAUCAGACCUUUGCGCAAUCCUCGUCCGACACGACUUGUGGCAUCAAAAUUUCAAUCCAUUACUCAUUCGUCCUCUUAGUACUCUUCUCGUCCUAUUCCUCCGGCUUUCUCCCCAUCUACCAGGUAGUCAUCUGGACCUAUGGUUGGCUCAGGCAUUUGGAGUGAUCAAAACCUUGCGGCGCGGUGAUGAGGAACAUGCCUUGCAAAUCAUAUCCCAAAUCCUUGAUAUGCUGACUUCGGAAUGGGCUGCACAAAGGGGCGGAGUCGGCGCUCCCGACUUCGUCUGGAAAGAAAAGGGCGGACUUAAAGCCGUCUUGAUACCUUUUUUGCGCUAUGAAAUAAGUCCUGAAAGAGAUCCGUACACAUAUGUUGCUCCUUUAAUCCCAAGUUCAAGAUCUAUUGGUAUGUGUACAACCCUCAGAAUUCCGUCUUCUUAUCCUAGAGAUGUCACUAUGGAAUGGCGGCCCCUGGGGCUUCCACUUCAUUCCGAUUGGACCCUGUCCCCUUUCAACCAUCUUCUGCGCUCAGGGAGCGACUAUUCAGUCUUCAAGCAGUCAGGAGCUUUGCCAGAUUCGUGGGAUGCUUCAGAAAUAGACGUAGUGAGAGCAGCUCUCGCGUUGGCAAUGGUAGAGCGGGAAGUUUUACAGAGGUUCGCUCCGUCGAUGAUCUCACUUGUAGGACCGAAGGAGGAAGACAUAAUUUUUGCUUGUAUGAAAGUGUUCAUGCUGGAGCAUGAUGUCGGGAAUGGGGACAGUAAAACUCAUUCUGAUGGGGAGGGUCUCCAAGAAGUUUUCAGAGAUGAAGUUGUAGCACGUCAAUUGCACGAAAUCCUGGAACCGUACACCGUCAAAGCCUUAUCCUCUAGUUCAACGUCAUAUGUCCCAUCGUCGAGAUCAUCUUCUGCCCCCCUCGAACUCGCCUCUCUUCCCCUUCUCGGCACUGCUGUGCCUUUUUAUCAAUUCUACACCGAUUUUCUCUCGCUGUAUGAUUCAAUAUCAUUCUCCCAUCCACUCUUCUCUCGGCUCCUUCUUCCACCGACAUCAAUGCUGUACGCUGCUGACUACAGGAAAUUGCUAUGGAACGACUACAGCCACGUUCUCCGAGGAAUCAGAGUCGAGGUAGACGACGUUAUCGCUGGUGCAGGGGGUAUUGAACAAUGGCUGUAUCCAGUGGAAACAGCUCCUGAUGUUUUGGGUGCAUAUCUCCGUGCCUUGAUUAAGUAUGGAGAAGGGGUUCAAGGAUUCUUGAGGUUGUUAGCGGUCCAUCAUGUUGCUGCAAACAUCUGGCCGGACUUCUACGUGGGUACUCAUAUCGAGGAGCUUGUGUUUGAUGAACGUCGGAGCAAACUACUUAGAGUAGUUGUUGAACAAGGUGGGAUGGAAGUUGUGAAAGAUGUGCUGAGAUAUCGACAAUCGCCUCAGUUACGCCGGAUACUGUGUUCCCCUGCAUGUUUCCAAGAAGUAGACGAGUCUUGCAAGAGACUUCGGUGCGAUUUAAUCGCAAACUGGAUUGGGGAGGGUACUUUAGAACGGGUCAGAGGUGUUUUCGAGAGAUGAGGGAAAAAUAUGUUUUCAAGGAAUACUAGCAGUGUCCGCGUCUAUUGUGUGCAACCUCCUGUCAUCUUGCUGUAACUUCUUUCACUUGCCUGCCAGCUCGGUGCUGUCACCGUGUAUCUACUAAGUUAGUAUUGGCCAUUAUCACCAACAUCCUUCUAUUGAACAGUGACUUGAUUGAUCUAGAUAAACUGCAAGACCGUUCUCCAUUUACUUCCAUGCACCGGAAUACAACCAUUACUGAUUUUCACAUGCCUCGUUGAGUGUAACAACAUUUCUGAUAUCCUGAUACGGGAGCUGCGGUUGUUGUAUCUAUCUCCUCCCAUGCAACCCGGAGUGGCAAACAUUCAUUUAAAUGUAUACAAAAUGCAGAGACUUUCUGU